AUGUUGAUGUUUCAUCUUAACGCCAAUAGGCACCUUCUCCAGCCUCCCACGAAGAAUCGGCGGGGGGAGGUGGUUUCUCAGACUCAAAGGAAUCGUGUGUGUCCCGCUGCUAUCCGCGCUUACAGAUUUUUAUCUGAUGAUAUUUCCUCGCAGCUUAACAUAUGUUGUGCUGUUCUGCAAGUUCCCUUUUCGGGGAUCCCCGGCGCCCCUCCGUCUACAGUAGUGACGAAGGAGUCGGUUCACCCAUCGUCAAUGCUCGUCGUUUGGAAUGAUACAACGGCUGCCGAGAUCGCCAUGUCGUUGCUUCGUGAAGUACGAGGUGAUGUCGAUAGUGCUUUUGCUGCUGCAGAGAGUGCUACAAAGGCGGAAGGGGCUGAUGAAGUGGUGGGUGCAGCAAACCCCGAAGAUAAUUUGGGCGCGUCUCGUGACGAUUCCGCCACAGCGGUUUAUGUAAUCAAGUUGUCCGUGGGCGCCGUGAGCGCUGAUGGCAACGCGACGCUGUCACCAAUUGCGUCUGUGGAACUGCGGCAAGUGAUUAGGGGGGAGCCGCUGGUCUUUCCCUCGCGACGCGCCGGCAUGCCAGCUGUUGAUGUACCCAUUUCAACUCUCCCGUACCGUUUGGGUGAUCCCAUAUUCUUUACGUGCAAACGGCUGCGUUGA